CGGCCCCCCGCCUCCGCCUGGCCGUCCCUCCUGACCCUCUCUUCACACCCAUACCGCUUUGUACCGCACGCCCCGGGGACCCCCUGCGCCCCUUCCCUCUCCCCUGGCCGCAUGGACUGUCCCGCAGGCCGCUGAUGCUGCCCGUGGCGAGGUGGCUCGGACCGCAGUUUCACAGGAGAGCUCUCAUGGUACCAAGUGACAGGUUCGCCUUCCUGUGACAGACCUUCUGAGAAGAUGUCAGCAAUACAGGCCGCCUGGCCAUCUGGUACAGAAUGUAUUGCCAAGUACAACUUCCAUGGCACUGCUGAGCAGGACCUUCCCUUCUGCAAGGGAGAUGUCCUCACCAUUGUGGCCGUCACCAAGGACCCCAACUGGUACAAAGCCAAGAACAAGGUGGGCCGUGAGGGCAUCAUCCCAGCCAACUAUGUCCAAAAGCGGGAAGGCGUGAAGGCCGGCACCAAACUUAGCCUCAUGCCCUGGUUCCAUGGCAAGAUCACACGGGAGCAGGCAGAACGACUUCUGUGCCCACCAGAGACGGGCCUGUUCCUGGUGCGGGAGAGCACCAACUACCCUGGCGACUACACGCUGUGCGUGAGCUGCGAUGGCAAGGUGGAGCACUACCGCAUCAUGUACCAUGCCAGCAAGCUCAGCAUUGAUGAGGAGGUGUACUUCGAGAACCUCAUGCAGCUGGUGGAGCACUACACCUCAGAUGCAGAUGGACUAUGCACUCGGCUCAUCAAGCCAAAGGUCAUGGAGGGCACAGUGGCAGCCCAGGAUGAGUUCUUCCGCAGUGGCUGGGCGCUGAACAUGAAGGACCUGAAGCUGCUACAGACCAUUGGGAAGGGGGAGUUUGGAGAUGUGAUGCUGGGUGAUUAUCGAGGGAACAAAGUUGCCGUCAAGUGCAUUAAGAACGAUGCCACUGCCCAGGCCUUCCUGGCUGAAGCCUCGGUCAUGACGCAACUUCGGCAUAGCAACCUGGUACAGCUUCUGGGCGUGAUCGUGGAAGAGAAGGGCGGGCUCUACAUCGUCACUGAGUACAUGGCCAAGGGGAGCCUGGUGGACUAUCUUCGGUCACGGGGUCGAUCGGUGCUUGGCGGAGACUGUCUCCUCAAGUUCUCACUAGAUGUCUGCGAGGCUAUGGAAUACCUGGAGGGCAACAACUUUGUGCAUCGGGACCUGGCUGCCCGAAACGUGCUGGUAUCUGAGGAUAAUGUGGCCAAGGUCAGUGACUUUGGCCUCACCAAGGAGGCCUCCAGCACCCAGGACACAGGCAAGCUGCCAGUCAAAUGGACAGCCCCCGAGGCCCUGAGAGAGAAGAAAUUCUCCACCAAGUCCGACGUAUGGAGUUUCGGAAUCCUUCUCUGGGAAAUCUACUCCUUUGGGCGAGUGCCUUAUCCAAGAAUUCCCCUGAAGGACGUCGUCCCUCGGGUGGAGAAGGGCUACAAGAUGGAUGCCCCCGACGGGUGCCCACCUGCAGUCUACGAGGUGAUGAAGAACUGCUGGCAGCUGGAUGCCGCCACACGGCCUUCUUUCCUGCAGCUCCGAGAGCAGCUUGAGCACAUCAAAACCCACGAGCUGCACCUGUGACGUCCGGGCUCGCCCAGGUCAUGGGCCUCUGGGCGCUGAACCUAGAGUGACUGGACCUCAUGUCCCCACUUGCUGGGCCCAAGUCUGAACUGAGCCCAGUGGACUUCUUUCCUCUGUCCCAGCCUGUGCCCCCUCUGGCCCCACCCCCAAGGACCCUGCCUAGGCCUGGCAUCUUCUCUGUACCCACCCGUGGGGUUUGGGGAGCCCCACUGAAGGCCAAGAAGAGAGGAGGCUGAGGAGCAGGAGGCAAACGCCCCGCCAUGGUCAGGCUUCCCCUGGCCUCCCAUCUCCCACCUUCCUAGAGUUUUAUUCCUUUCCUUUUUUGAGGUUCAUUUCCAUGUGCUUAUUUUUUAUUAUUUUUCAAGAUAAGGAGAAAGAAAGUACCCAGCAAAUGGGCAUUUUACAAGAAGUACGAAUCUUAUUUUUUCUGUCCUGCCCACCAGGGUUGGGGAACCAGACCCCUCUCCAGGGACCCGUCACCCCAGCCUUGUUCCCCAUUCCGUGUUUCGUGUUCUGUGUCGCCUCGGUCGCCCUGUGUUUGCGCUUGACCAUGUUGCACUGUUUGCAUGCGCCCGAGGCGGACGUCUGUCAGGGGCUUGUAGCUCAUGUGUGCUGCUGCCACCUGUCUUGUGAGAUGGAAUCGUAAUAAACCACUCCAUGAGGAGACCA